CGGGACUCCAGUUGGCUGUGCGCGCAGACGCAGCAAGACAUCCCACUGGCUGGAGUUGGAGCACACUCGUGCGCGCUGCACCUUCACCAAUGCUUUCGACUCCGCGUCCCGCAGGAGAAACACAAGCGGGGGAGAAAGUGGACGCUGCUCAUAAACAAAGAAGCAAGUCAGAGAAUCUGCGCUGAAAUUGGAACUGGACUUCUUUUGUUGUUGUUGUUGUUGUCAGUUUGUUUUUUGGGGACUGGGUCUGUCGCGCGGGCUGGAUCUGUUCUCUACAGCGGAGCGCACUCCUUCAAUGGAUUUAAAAAAAGUGGAAGUACCGGGGGAAUCGAACCUUUAAGUCACUUUGAGUUCGCAAGUUGCGCUACACCAAGGGUACCCGUAUUGUUUCUAAACGCAGAAGAAGAAAAACUAGUAUGAUUCUUGCCGUCGUUUAUGCGCUUCUACCUCUUUUUGAUGCGUCCUCGGCGGAGGAGCACCUGCGCGCCGGGCCCCAGCGGCUGGACUGCGUGAGGGCCAGCGAGCAGUGUCUGCGGGAGCAGGCGUGCAGCACCAGGUACCGCAUGAUGAGGCAGUGCGUGGCCGGGGGCAAGGAGAGCAACUCCAGUAUGGUGGCGGUCCUGGAAGCCAAGGAGGAAUGCCGGAGCGCCAUCGAGGCGCUCAAGCAGAGCCCGCUCUACAACUGCCGCUGCAAAAGGGGCAUGAAAAAGGAAAAGAACUGCCUGCGCAUCUACUGGGGCAUCUAUCAGACCUUACAAGGUAACGAUUUCUUUGAAGACUCUCCAUACGAAGCAGUGAACAGCCGUCUGUCGGACAUUUUCCACCGGGUGACAGUCCUCGAAGGUGGGGAACCGUGGAGCAGCUCUCCCACUUCAGCUCCGGGCAGUGGGGCCGCUGGGGGCCGGCUGUCCCAGGCCGGAGAGCCUGUUCUCGGCAGAAGGAGCUCCUCUCCUACAGAGCUUCAGGAUCCUAGUAGAAACAGGAGAGCUCAUCCCAACUGGGCCAUAUUAGGUGAGCCAGCAGUGGCCAGAGAGAACAACUGCCUGAAUGCCGCAAAGGACUGCAACCUGAACGACAUGUGCAAAAAGUACCGCUCGUCCUACAUCAGCACCUGCACCAGCCGAGUCUCCACCACAGAAGUCUGCAACAAGAGGAAGUGCCACAAGGCCCUGAGGCAGUUCUUUGACAAGGUUCCUGCAAAGCACAGCUAUGGCAUGCUGUUUUGCUCAUGCCCUCUCAAUGACCUCCCGGCCUGCUUCGAACGCAGACGUCAGACCAUCGUCCCCGUCUGCUCCUACGAGGAAAAACAGAAGCCCAACUGUCUUGAGCUGCAGGGCUCUUGCAAGACCAACUACAUCUGCAGGUCACGACUGGCUGAUUUCUUUGUGAACUGCCAACCAGAGCCUCAUUCUAAGUCUGGCUGCCUGAAAGAGAACUAUGCCAAUUGCCUCCUUGCAUACUCUGGCCUGAUAGGGACUGUGAUGACCCCAAACUACUUGCGCUCACCCAAAAUCAGCGUUUCCCCCUUCUGUGACUGCAGCAACAGUGGCAACAGCAAGGAUGAGUGUGACAAGUUCACCAAGUUUUUCACUGAGAACAUCUGCCUGCUAAAUGCCAUCCAGGCGUUUGGUAACGGGACAGAUGUCGGGGUGGGACGCAGUAUGACACCCGUCCAGACCACAACCCUCAUCACGACCCCAUACCAAAGAAAGCGCGAGCGCAUUCCCAACCCCAUGGACAACAGCAUUAACACAGACAACGGCAUCUACCGCUUCUGUGGCAACCUGCAGGCUCAGAAAUUAAAGUCAAACUCAAGUGAUGGCGGGGUCCUCUGUGUGGAUUCUCAGAUAGACCGUCCAAGCACAUCCAACUCCCUCCUCAAGGACUCGGCUACAUCCAGACGGCCCUCAGACCUGAGUUCCCUCGCGCUCCCUGCAGUCUGGUUGUGGUAUUGCAGCUUGAGUGCAAUCUCCUUUCCGGGCAACUUGUAGCCUUGUUGUCAUCAUCUACUAUGGACUGACACACAUUUGUAUACAAGAAAAGCAAAACAACAAAUGAUAUCUUUCUCUUCAGUAAAACCUGUUGUAUUUUUAUUUAAUCUUAAAUUGAACAUUUUUGUUAUGUCUUGAUUUUAUGUAAUUUUUUUUUAGGAUUAGUCGUUUUUUACUUUUUUCUAUUUCUUUUUUUUUUAUUAUUAUUUGUAUUGCAGCUUUGUGCUAAAAUGGUGAUCUGUUAUACAUGUCCUCCCAGGUUUUGUGUACACGUUGGGUUAGGUAAAAUUUUCUGCCUCCGCAUCUGCUGCUGAUCAUGUGGGCAGAGAUAGGAAAAGGUUUGAGGCCCACAUUCCAAUAGACCACAGCGGGUGGGUUCUGGAACACAGUGUAAAUUUGCAUCAAUUUUCAGAGGUGUUUCAUCGGAUUUCACCCACGCCUGUUUUGUUGGGCUUCUGCUUGAAAGUCAUAUAUAUAUAUAUAUGACCCUUCGGGCAGCCUUUUGGUGUUUUUUAGUCUCUAUGUCCUAAGAAAUGCUUUCAUUGGCUAAGAGUUUUUUUUUACGUCUUUUUUUUCUGAAUGAACUCUUGAAAAGCAAAUGGAAAGUUGUAAUCUUUUUAACCAAACUUUUGCUCUGACUGAACACUUCCCCGCUAACAAGAGCACACAUGGCGGAGACCCAUAGCCUCUUAUUGCACAUUAGCACACACUCAAAUAGAAUGACACACAAAAGCAGUCUUUCUCCUCCCUGUCCAUUUGUGAGAAAGUGGCGGCUCCGUUGUCUCUUUGGAUAUGUUGUAUCUCGCUACAAUGAGCCCACAAAAGCAAAAAGAUUACCAAUUGUAGACUGUGUCCAACCUGUUGACUGUAUAGGAGAACUGGAUUGAGUGUGUGUGUGACGUCCCAUUGAAAAUAGCUAACCUCCGAUUCCAACAAAAUGAAGUUGGCCAUUUUUUCGUGAUAGGGAUACCAGCUUGUUAGAACAAGAUGAUAGUUGACCAGAAUAGUAAGCAGUGAUUUGAUUUGUGCGAGUCAACAUGUCAAUGGCAACCAGUCUCACCAAUCAGGAGUGAGCUUGUUGGAAGCCCCUACCACUUGAAAGCACGGUCUAUAGGAGUCAAUGGGAUUUCGGCUUCUUGAGACCAGCGGGUACUUCCUAUUUGAAACACGAGAGGCGAGGGGUCACUCACUCCAGUUCUCAUAUACAAUCAAUGGUUUAACCUCGUGCUACAAAGCUAACAGCUUUCCCUUACUGUAUUAUUUAUGUUUUUUUUAUUAAAGUUUGUUGAACUCUGCCAAAUGGUUUUAAUUGUAACAGUUUCAAUUACAGCAGUAAUUGAAGUUUUAGUUAGCUGGACUGUUUAUUAUUUGUCUUUUUUUUAAAGUAGAUUUUCAAAGAAGUAUGAGUCACCUAAAACGACAAUCAUUAAUCUAAAUAAGGCACCUAACUUACUGAAUGUUUUUACAACAUCUAACAGAGGACUUGUCAAAGAACCCAUGCCAAGCAACAUUUGAAGGCACUUUGUUGCCAAUUCCAAAAAACAACAGGAAAAACAACAAUAUGUACAAAAAAGUACUUUGUUUUUAUUCCUUGAUAACCAAUUUAUUCUGGAAUAUUUUACAUGCCAAUUUAAUUAACAGUUUAAUUAAAGUUUCUUAAAAUAAGGAUAAAAGCUGUGUAAAGACAAAAUGUCUUUGUUUUUAGGAUGGUAUUAGCAGAUAAACAUUAAUAGAAUAAUGUUAUUUGAAAGCCUAUUUAACUCAGUUUGAGGCCACAUUAAAACAAUUAAAGAACUCUUUUGAAAGAAACCAGAUAUGCUUUAGGUGUUUGCAAAGUGUUUUCCUCUUUUUAGCUCAGUAAUCUAUUCAAGAGCCACACUUCAGUUACAACAAUAAAAAAUAUUUAGUAAUUUGGUGUUGGGCUUAGAAAAAUGAUUAUCAGAUAAGGCUCUUUAUUCGUUGGGGUGUGAAACAUGGGUAUUUGAACAAGUAUCUGGUCAAAGUUACAGUUUCUAAAACCAAAAUAGGAACAUUGAAGGGUUCAAAAUAAAGCAAAAGUCUAAUAACCCACAAAAUGAGUUUGUCUUAGAACCCCUGUGUAAAAGCAGGAAAGUUUUGAACAAACGAAAACAAUUUGCUUAUUGGUUUACGUACUGUACCCUGGGUAGAAAAAGCCUUCAUAGCACAAUUAUCUAAAAACACAAGGUUUCUUUUCUAAUUCAUGGUCUUGUUUUGAUUUAGUUAAAGUCAUUCGAAGCCUUUCUUUUUAAUCAUUUUUAGGUAUUAGUCCCAAACUCUUAUACUUUUAGUUAUUUAAAAAGUUUUUUUGGUUUUAUUCUCUAAGAACUCCUUAAACAGUUCAACUCUCUUUUCUUGUAGAUCACUUGGCGUCUUGUUGCCCCAGUAAUUUGCGUAGCGAUCUGACGAGCCCCGGAAAAGUCAAUUUUCCAAGUUUUUAGAAACAGACACCAAUUAGAUUUAAACUUAAGGGAGAUUUAGAAGAUUAGCAAAAACAAACACAUUUUGAUGCUUAGUAUCAAACCAAACAUUUGAUUGUUUGCACACUUUUAAUCCAAAUAAUUUAAGUAACUACUAAUAAAAUGUGUAUAACGCUACACAUAAAUAGAUUAUGCUAUAUGAAUUAACUUUAAUUUUACUGAAAACAAUUUAGAUCUCACCUGAAUAUCUUUUGAGGGAUUGAACAUUAUGACUAAUAUUUGAGGUUUCUUCAUCAAAUUUCAACUAAGAACAAUUCCACAUCAAAAUGGAACAUUGGAAGGUGUCUAUUUUUUAAAAACAGAGAAAAAAAGACCUUUAGAAUAGAUUUCUAAUAGAUUGAGUGUCUUUGCCGGGUUGAAUAAAUUGUUCUUACAUGUAGCAAGAACUUUCUAUUUGAUUUUGUUCUAUAUUUUUCUCAUGGGUUCUUUGACAGCUUAAAGGGAAACUUUAGUUAGAUAAACAUCCAUUUCCAUUAGCUUACAAGUUGGGAAACUUGCAGAUUCGGAUUCCUCUUCACAGAUAAGAAUCCUUCAUCUGGAUCUCUGCCACUGCAGCAUGUUCAGCUUAUCACCUUGGCUGUUUGGAGACCGACAGGAGCAUUUUAGACUUGCUGCUUGGGUUCAUGUAGCUUCUCAAAUCACAGUUAAUGUAUAGUUGAACUUAUUUAACAAGCAUAAACAUGGUAAACACAUUGUAUGCACUUGGCUGAAAAUUGAUUGGACUAACUAAAUGUCUGAUACGUAUUUCAGAGCAUUGUGAGCUGUUAUUCACAUUCAGAGACAUUCUAGAAAAGCGGGGAUAUUGUUGUUUUUUUUUACGACUUAAAUGUAUAUUUCUCCCAGUAUGUACAUGAUCGCAUCUGAAAAAAAGGAUAUCAAUAUACGUCUCCUAUUAGAUUUAGGGCUAAACAAUGUUUUGUAUCAUAAGCCCCUAAAGUAACUUUGCUUAAAAAUGCUGUUGUUUUUCAGGCUAAGAUUAACACUUAUUUUUCUACCUUUUAUGAUUUCUUUAUUUAGUUUUAAGGACUUAAACUGAAUGAAAUAGACCUAAUUGCUUGUAACUGCUUUUAUUUGACUUCUAAGACAGAUAGAAGCUCAGCAAGAAAGAGAUUUCUAUGCAUGAUGUUGAAUAAGGGAAAUAUCUUAUGUUUCAAGGGAAAAAAAGUAAACAGAACUAUGCCUGAAAAGGCUUUUUUAUGGUGUAUUUUUAGUAAAGUUUGGCAAAUGGUAAACCCCCCUUUGCCAAUGCAGUUCAAAUGGGAAGCAAGAGAGUGGGGAUGUCAGUGGAUUUAUGACAGACUUUACCAAACAGAGACUCAAAAAGUAGGUUUUGAUCAUUAUACUCCAAAACAUAAGCUUGGAAAAAAAAAAAGAAAAGAACUAUCAGCAUAACAUGUGGUGACAUUAAGUACAAAUAUGUAACAUGUUUGCAAUCAUUCAUCUCCAUCUCAACAUGGUUUAAAACUGACCAAAAUGUUUUUUUCUUAUGUUUGUUAAUAGGAGAUGCAAACUCUAUGAAGACAUCAGUAAAUUCCUAGCUUGUGAUCAUGUAAAAUUUGUUGUACAAAAAUUAUGAUUAAAAUCUGUUCCUUCACUCUGA